UAAGAACAACAACACAACAAACAGUUGCAGUAUUGUUCGCAAUCUUCGCCCCUUCUCUCGAAUACAGUUAAUCAAGUGCGUCUGUGUUUCGGCUAGGCAACAACUGUGCAGCCAUGAGUAUGAGCGAUGACGACAGAGAUAUCGAUAUUGAGAGUGACGACGAUGGCGACUCGGAUACGGGGUUGGGCUCGUCUCGUCACACGAAUACAGCAAAUUUUACACAGGCCGAGAAGAGAGCACAUCAUAAUGCGCUGGAGAGGCGAAGAAGAGACCACAUCAAGGAGAGCUUCACCAACCUGCGGGAGGCAGUGCCCACGCUGAAGGGGGAGAAGACUUUUCCACAGGCUAGUCGUGCUCAGAUACUCAAGAGGACCACGGAAUGCAUACAGACGAUGAGGAAGAAAAUCAAUGAAAAUCAAAAAGACAUUGACGAGAUCAAGAAACAGAAUAUCCUACUGGAUCAGCAGAUUCGUGCCAUGGAAGGUGGCAUGAAUGGUGAUGUCUACCCCGAUCUCCUGAGCGAGGAUGAUGUGUGCAGUGACGACGUAGAGGACGAGGAUCUAGAACUGCCAGAUUCCAGUAGGCGCAACAAAAAGAUGAAAACUUUCCACGCAUAGCUGCCAAUUAUGUGAAUUAUCAUAUUAGCUAUAAGGCCCCACGAAAUUAUGUGGAUUAUCAUCAGAUGGGCAUCGAGUCCGAAGUGCGUCCCUCCGUCACCACCAAAUCCUCCAACUAUACCUUAAUGCGUGCAUGUGUAAAUCUUUUGUACUUUGAACAAAGCUUUGCUCCAUUAAUUAAUAAAGAUUGUUAGUAUAUAUUUUAGAAAGUAA